GCGAACCUUAUAUGGACGUCGCUGGACUCCCAGCCCUCGGGGUCACAUGGUGUCCGGCCUGACCUCCCCCACGUCAGAAGAUGACCAGGUUGCUGCUGGGCGUCACUCUAGAGAGGAUCUGUAAGGCCGUCCUCCUGCUCUGCCUCGUGCACUUUGUCAUUAUCAUGAUCCUCUACUUCGAUGUCUACGCCCAACGUUUGGACUUCUUCAGUCACUUCAAUGUCAGGAACUCCUCCCGUGCCCACCCGUACUACAACUUCUCCCGGCCCAAUGGCACCGCUCACACCUACCCCGCCGCCUCCUCGCCCACCGACGUCUUCACACCCAGCGCCAAGCUGGAACUCAACCAGACCAUCACCGAGAAGCCUAUUCCUCCGUGCCCGGACUCCCCGCCUGGCCUGGUUGGCCGCCUGCUGAUCGAGUUUAGCUCCCCAAUGACCAUGGAGCGGGUCCAGCGGGAGAACCCGGACGUGACGGACGGAGGAAAGUACACUCCAAGUGACUGCCUGUCCAAGGAGCGCGUGGCCAUUAUCAUUCCAUUCCGACACCGGGAACACCACCUGAAGUACUGGCUACAUUACCUCCACCCCAUCCUCCGCAGACAGAAGGUGGGCUACGGAAUCUACAUCAUCAACCAGGUGAGAGGAACUCUGGCCCCUCCCACAAUG